AUGUCUUCCGCUUCGUGCUUCGGGACGCUUUUCCGCCCGGUCCAGCACCCGACGACUUCCGCGCUCCUGUGCGUCAUCCUCGUCCUCUCUGCAGCCGCUGGUCUGGGGUGGCGGCAUUCCUUGAGCCUCAUCUGGAACCACACCUUCAUGACGCAGUUCUACUUUUGGAACGUGUUGACAGGAAGCUUCGUGGAGACUUCGGUGUUCAAGCUCGUGGCUUCUCUGAUUGGGGUGGCGGGCCUGGGUCCGGCGGCCGAGGACUCCCUCGGGCACCUGGGGCUCGGAGCGUUCGUUCUCUGCGUGGGCCUCGUGUCUGGCUUCGUCACCUCGUGCGGGAUCUUCAUGGGCUACAUCGUCACUCGACAGGAAUACCUCCUCGAUUUGGAGCUGCACGGGAGCUUCGGGGUGCUCGCGGCGCUCGCUGUUGCGGCCGCCCAGCAAGACGCCUCAGCGACGUUGCUGCCGGCCGGUCGGGCGCCUUGGUUCCCCACCAGGUACCUACCUCUGUUACUGGUGACGGCCUCUGCGAUGUGUAGGGCCUUGUCGGUGCCGGUGGUGGCCAAGGACUUCCCCUUCGUGGUCGUCGGGGCUUACGCCUCCUGGGUCUACCUCCGCUUCUUCGCACACCUUGUCCUGGGGGCCCCGUCAGGCGAUGUGACGGAGGAUUUCCAGCUGGUCAACUUCUUCCCCUUGCCGUGUCGCAGGGUUGUUAAGCCGAUGUGCGACUUCACCUAUGGGGUCUUCCUGCUGCUGGGAUGCUUCAAGGGGAGGGCGGCCAGGCUACCCGUGUCGGUGGUGGAUGGUCAGGGGGGCGUAGACCCUCUGGUCGUGGCAACGCUCCCGACUCCCGCGAGGAAGGACCCUAUCGCUGAGCGGCGCCGAGCCAGGGCCAUGAAGCUGCUCGAUGAGAAGUUCGCCACUCUCAACGCCAAACCGGCCAACAGGUGGGAUGACGAUGAAGGCUGGGAGGCGGAAAAGGGGGCGGGCUCGACCGCGGCGGCAAUCGGACUGGCGCCCCGGAAGCCGGCACUAGCACCACCGGCGAAGGAUGCCUCUGUUCCCCAGGCGAGAGCUGGUGGCGCUAUCGGUGCUGGUGGUGCUGAAGAAGACGAUGAUUGGGGCAUGGCGGGCGGCGAGGACAAGGAAGACGACGACGACGACGGGGGGGAUGCCGAGGAAGGAGAAGUCAAGUCUGCGGCGCCCCCGAGUACUAGCAGUAGUGGAUAGCGCUAGUUCGUGUGUACACAGAGGGAAGAGAGUGCUGAACUCUUCUCUCAUUAAAAAUCGUAGGCAAAGUACCGCAGGAGGGGAGGGUAGAGAGGGACUCUUCUGUGUGACCACGGGUCGGAAUAAACGGCACUAGUAGUGCUGUGAGCGCUGAUUUGAAGUG